AUGAUACACGCCGUCAGACGCCUUCUGACCCCUGCCCCCGCCGCCGCUGCCUCCAUCCGCCAGGCGCUUGCCACACCGCUGUGGCUGGUGAAACAGGCGAUGGCGUCGGCAAAGUACACCCCCGAAGUCAGCGACGACACCAUCCAUCACAUGAUCGAGGUUCUGGGCCUCCCCAAGGAACCCGCCGACCUGGUGCGGUUCCAGCAGUUGAAACAAGCGCUCGAGCGCCAGAUGAAGUUUAUCGCCCACCUUUACCACUCGCAGCAGGAGUCGCUGUCCAGUUGUGGCAAUAACGACUCGGUGUUUCGCCUCCUCGCCGCCGAUUUCAAGGCGGCGCCGCCAUUGACGUUGGAAAGCCUCACGAAGCAAAUCGAGGCCCUCGAACCGCUGGCGGCCAGAGGCGAACACGGCUUCGACAUCUCCCAAAUUGGCGACCACCGCACCAACUUUGUCCUCCACACUAAACCCUAA